AUGACCUUCACAGUGCUGGCCAAGAACAAGCAUGUGAAUCCACUGCUCUCCCGGAGAGAGCUGCUGCUGGAGGUGCUUCAUGCAGUGCCUUGCUCACCAGCCGAUCCCUGUCCCUCUCACGAGAAGAUCAAGGAGGCAGUCUCCAAGAAGUUCAAGGCCGACCCCAGCUUCAUGUCCUGCUUCGGCUUCAAGACCUAUUUCGGAGGCGGCCGAUCGACGGGCUUCUGCCUGAUCUACGACUCCGUGAAGGACAUGCUCAAGUACGAGCCCAACUACCGUCUGCGGCGGGUAAACAUCCUGCCCAAGCGCCAGCCCUCCCGCAAGGCCGAGAAGGAGCUCAAGCGCAAGAUCAAGAAGACCCGCGCCGGCGAACGCAGGAAGGUCAAGAACCAGAGGAAGAAGGAGCUGCCCCGCCACGUCAAGCAGGCCAAGAAGGACUACCUCAAGAAACUGGCCAUGUGA